AUGAGACUCUCUAUCGCUUCUGCCUUGCUCUUGGUUGCUGCUUGCUCUUCUGCUGUUUCCGCUUCUCCUAUUUCUAGAGAUACUGCUCUUGAUGUCACAAGCAUUGAGCAACCUCUUAAUCUUACUGCUGUCUUGGAUAAGCGUACCUUUGUCUGCCCUUGUCAAGCAAACAAUGAUUUUAUUGGUACCGUCAUGGACUCUAUUCGUGGUCAUCUUGAUGCUGAAGUCUUUGCCCCUGUUUCCGUUACUUUUGCUCAAAGUGCUGCAGCUACUUUCAAUAUCAACUCUUUCCUUGGUGGUGUCUUAAACCUCGGCAUGUCUAGUGUCAGGUCCAUUGAAUCUUAUGCUGUCGCCAGCUUGAGAUCCUCUUUCAGUGCUAGUCUGGAAGCUCAAAUCAACGCUAGAAUCUAUGCUCAAAUUGAAGCUAGUCUUCGUAGCAAAUGUGGUAAGAAGACCUUGUCUGACGCUCAACUCCUUGCUAUCUUGGUUCAAAUUCACGGUGAAGCCAAGACUUUGAUCCAUGCUCAACUUCCCAAGAUCGGUGCUGGUUUGCACGGUAGUGCUAAUAGCUGUGUUGGCUCUGCUAUUGGUGGCAUUAGAAAGAAAAUUCCUUUUGGCAUCAGAACUAAGAUUGAUAGUGGUGCUUACUAUGGUGGUAGAGCUAUUGGACACGGUCAUGCCGGUGCUGGUAUCGGUGGCCACGCUGGUGUUGGCGGCUAUGAAGGUGUCGAUACUAACGUCGGUUUUGGUGUUGGUGCUGGCUUCGGUGCUGCUUUUGGUGUUAACUUUAAUGCUGGUGCUACUAUUGGUACUUCUGUUAAUGCUGGUCUUCAAGGUUGUAACAGCUUGAGCCAAGAUUCAUUUGCUAAGGCCGUCUUCUCCUCCUUGUAA